UGAGCAGCACCCAUUUUACGCAAAGGACUAAGGUACCUACCUUCAAGAAGUCAGAGUUCUCAGUGAUUCGGCAACAUGAAGAUUUCAUUUGGUUACAUGAUACCCUGGUUGAAAGUGAAGAAUAUGCAGGAAUAAUUAUUCCUCCAGUACCUCCGAAACCGGAUUUUGAUGCUGCCAGGGAAAAAAUGCAAAAGCUGGGAGAAGGAGAAGGCUCCAUGUCUAAAGAUGAAUUUCACAAAAUGAAGCAGGAGCUUGAAGCUGAGUAUUUGGCCAUCUUUAAGAAAACUGUCUCUAUCCAUGAAGUCUUCCUGCAGAGGGUUACAGAACAUCCUGUACUUGGAAAAGACCUUAACUUCCAUGUUUUCCUAGAAUAUGAUCAGGAUUUGAGUGUCCGGAGGAAGAACACAAAGGAGAUGUUUGGCGGCUUUUUUAAGAGCAUGAUGAAGAGUGCUGAUGAAGUGCUUAUCUCUGGAGCUAAGGAUGUAGAUGAAUUCUUUGAACAUGAAAAGAUGUUUCUCGUUGAGUAUGGCAACAAAAUUAAAGACUCGACAACAAAGGUGGAAAAAAUGACGAGAUCUCUCAAAAAUGUUUCUGAUGAUUAUAUUCAUUUAUCCGCCUGCUUGGAUGACCUUGUGAUACAAGAAAAAUCUCCAUUAAAUCCCUACUAUAUAAAGAUUUCUGAGCUGUUUGAGAAACUUCGAAAAGUGGAAGGAAGAGUAGCAAGUGACGAAGACUUGAAGUUGACGGAACUGCUAAAAUACUACCUGAGAGAUAUACAGGCUGCAAAGGAUCUUUUAUACAGGAGAGCCCGAGCUCUGGUUGACUAUGAAAAUGCAAACAAAGCUCUUGACAAGGCUCGGAUGAAGAGUAAAGAUGUGAAGCUGGCAGAAACACAGCAGCAACUGUCCUGCCAGAAGUUUGAAAAACUUUCAGCUUCUGCAAAACAAGAGCUAACUGCUUUCAAGGACAGACGAGUGGCAGCAUUCCGUAAAAAUCUGGUUGAAAUGACUGAGCUGGAGCUAAAACAUGCCAAAAACAAAGCCCAGAUGUUACAAUGCUGCCUUGAUGCAUUGAACAAUUAGUGCCCAUGCUGAACUUGGCCCGGCUUCCUCUGAGCGCUGGUAUUUGACCUGGUGAAGACCGACAUGUCACCUGCAGCCAAACUGUUGCACAAUGAGCUGCUCAACCGGAACUUUAGUAGCAGGAAUAGGUGUGCCUGUAUCUAUUGUGCACAAAUUCAGCUUGUUUCUACUGCUUGUUAUUUCAUAAAAGCUUGGAUUAAAGAAAGGAAAAAUGCUCUAGCUUUGUCUUACGCAAGUGCCUCCUGACGAUCAAAUGGUGACUUCCAGACUUUAUUUAAAUAAGCCAGACCAAAUUUUGUACAUUUACAUCUAGUCUAUUAUAAAACCAAACUAUAAUGGAAAUAUUCAUAAAUGUCUGUAGCUAUUCAAGAUUGUAAUUAAACCUGUAUUUAAGACUACCUGGCUGAGCAAUAUUUAAAUCUAUUGUGGGAAAUGUGUUUGGGGCUGUCACAAAUCUUGAUUGAAUCCAUUUGCUUUUCGUCAGUGACUCAUGUUGCUGUUUCGAGCUAUCCUACCAGAAUGAUUUGUUCUUAUCAUACACUAUCCACCUGUUUUGUGCUAACAUUUCCACUACCAGCCUGAUCCUAGUGUUUUCUGAAAUGCUUUGGGUAAAGUCAGUGGAUGCUGUUGUGAUAGAGAACUGGUAACUCCUCUGGCUCCCAUAUGUCUAUUUUGCAGGAAUAAUAGCACUUGAAAGAUUAAGAGGAUUGUUAGGACUAUUGUGGAUCACAUUGACUGGGGAUUUCCUGAUUUGUGCUCUAGGAUGUUAGUGCACAAACUGAUCACUGGCACGUAUGGGAUGAAAUCAUUAGCUUUAACGAAAAUCAGCAUUUAAAUGAUCCUACAAUAGCACAAAAGACCGCAACAACUUAUUAUCCUUUUUUUCUCUUAAAGGCGUAAGGAAUAAAAUAAAGUAGAUUAGUUCUGAUUUCCCCCUUUUUUGUUUUGCCCACAAAAUAUCCAGUCAAUUCACUUUACAGUAAAUUCUGUGAAGUGCUUUGAGACGUCUCAAAGACGUGAUAAGAUGCCAUAUCAAAUGCAAGGUUUAUUAUUAUUAAAGUGUAAUGGCAUCAUGUUAAUUUAGUUCUGAUGCCCACAGAGAAAUAAUGUUCACACACUAACUUUUUAAUACAGUUCUCUCUGCUAUCGCAUUAUCACAACUGCAUUUUUGUAGCGCAAAACUGACUGAUAUUUGGGCUGGUCUUGUUGCAACUCAGACUAACGUUCAUGUUAGCACUGGUUAUUGUAACAAAUGAUUCGGGUGUAAAAUAACUAUUUUCAUCUGGUCUUGUGGAAUUGACUUCCUUGCUAUCGUGGAGAUUUUACAAUUAUGGAGGGGCAUUUCAAUGUAGCUAUAAGAAGUUAUUCUAGCAUUAAAUAUGUUUAUAGUUCAUGUUGGGCUUGGCCUGGAUUUAUAAGCAGCAUCGAAGAGGAAAAAGUUGCACUGUUCCAUUAUUUACUUGGUUCUCUGAUAUCAAAAAUCCCAAUUGGAAACUUAAGGCAAGUUAUUUACAAACCAGAUGGUCAAUGGUCAAAUCCUGAAAUGUAAUUGCAAUCCUGGAAAUUGAACAAAAUCCUGUAAACUGGAUUGGCUUUGUUGGCUGCAGAGAUGCAAUGAAGUGGUGGAUCUUUUUUUAGAGGUUGCUGCAAUUGCUAACUAUUCCAUUGCCAAAUUGUUUGGAUAGUAGCAAAUCUUCUAUAAUUGUUGGUCUAUUCCCACUUCAGCUGCUUUCCAAAGUAAUUUUGGAUAGCAAAUACAAAUGCUUUCAGGUUUCUAUAUUUGACAAGUUAAAUAGAUACUUGUAACUCUUAAUAAAAGAAUAAAAUUGUUCACCUCUAUCAACUUAAA